UGUUUCCCUUCAUCGUCUCUCGCCAUUUUGAGGCGACUGAAAUAGACUAGUUUCAGACUUUGUCGGAGCCGGGAGGUUUUAUAGGCCUUGUGAAAUGGCUGAUUCCACAGUAGAACAGACGAAGCUGGUGAACAGCAAGUCAAACUUGAACUCCAAGAUGUAUUCGAAGGGAAACCUUUUCGCCGAAAUAACAAAGCAGAUGGGAUUACUUCCUGGCUCCAAAGGAUUGAACGACUUCGCUUCGAUAGUUGAUGAACAGACACAAACAGGCAGUGGAAACUCCCCAAUUGAAGAAGUACGGCGAGGUGCCGAAGUGAUAGCUUCAGAUGUGAUUUCAAAUUUCAUUACCGGAGAUAACAGGAAGCCUCCCAAUAAAUACUGCCGGACCAUGAGGAGAACAGUGAAAGAGUUGUCAGACAGACACAACAUUGUUUUCAAAGGGAUGGUAAACAAGUUGAAGGUGGAAAAAGGAAAUGCCUUCAGGACUUUCGUCAAUAUUGCAGAUGAAAUUUUUGACGAUGGCCAGAUAAACUGGGGCCGAAUCGUAGCUGUGUAUGCAUUUGCUCUGAGGUUAGCUGCUCAUUUUCGUGAUGUUCAAGGACAUGGUGACUUUCCAGAUAAGAUUGCUCUGUAUGUUGGAAAAUAUGUUGCGAACAAACUUGGGAAGUGGAUCCUUGAUCAUGGUGGAUGGGAAGCAUUCGCAGAGUAUUUCCCAGACCAGGGUGAAUUUGAAGAAAAAAUGUGGAAAGGACUGUUAUUCACUGCCGUUGGCCUUGGUGCUCUUGCUACUGUCGUAGCAACAAGGUGAAGAUUUUCAACACAAUCAACAGAACUUUAAAGCAAUCUGAAAAUUGCCAAACAACAAAACUCUGUAUAUAGUGAUAACAUUUCGAGAAGUGGGAUGGGAUCCCCUCCCAUGGAUUAAAAUGACAUUGGAGAUCUAUGAACCUUUGUGUGAUCAUGGUGAUGUUAGCAGAAAGUACCUAAAGUACAAUAGCUGGUGAUUCUUUUAUUUUUAUACACCGAAGAAGGUCUAUAUGUUUAAAUCAGUAUGAAAAUGAAGUUUUCGUCAGUUGUCUGACGAAUUAAAAUAUGGAUAUAUAUUAAUUUACUUUCGAUGUUUCUAUAAAAGAUGACUACUGUCCUGUGUCAGAAAUUUAAAGUUUAGUUUUAAAUUUGAAUGUGGUUGUUUUUCAUGUCUUCAUGUGCAUCUGGAUGUUGAAUCUCCUCGGUGUGAAAGAUUAAUCCAUGUCUUUUAUUUUUAAUCUGUGACAAUUUUUAUUUUCGAUGCCAGGAAACAAAAUCUGUUUGAUUGCAUUGAUCAGCCAAGAUGUAUGUUAAUCCUCUUAAACUAUGCAAUGGAAGAAUCCAUGACUGUAUUGAAUGAACACUACUUCUGAUUGUUCAGGGAAGUGUUUUCAGAAAGAGGAAGUAUAUUCAAAUGAACAAUGGAAUGUUUCCCUUAUUCCCCAGAAAUCUGUAGCCUACAGAGACUUCCUGAUUGCUAUGAAUUUCCAUAAUGAUCUGUCUAAUUUUAUGAAAAAUGUACAAUGUAUUUUCAAAUUGUAUGUUUUCUUUGGUUUGUAAAUUUAGACCAUGUUCAUUAUGUAGUUCAGUCCAAGAUAUGUACUUUAAGUUCUAUAUUGUAAGGAAAGUAGCAUUUUUAAAUGUUGUAAACUUAAAGGCAAAUUGUCAGUGUGUGAAUGUAUGGACUGAUAUUUUUUGUAUUAGUAAAUCUGGCGAUGCAUGUGAAUGGCAUCUCUCAAACAGAAGAUCACCAUUAUCACAGAAUCAUCAUUUAUUGAAAAGUCUUUCAUGUGAAAAAGUGAUGGAUUUACUUGGGGUAGGACCUGUUUUGGUCUUGUCUGGGUAUGUUGGUGCUCUUUCUGCUUGCUGUAUUUUGGUGAGCAGUGUUGAGUCCCACUGGAAAACCAAGGUGUGUAUUAAUGCCAGAAAUGAAAACACAUAUCUUAAAUAAAGGUGUAAACACUCA